CGGGCGCGGGGGAGGGAGGGGGGCCGGUCCGCGACGACUCCCGGGCGGCGUUUCUCCUGCGGGCGGCGGCGGCGGCGGCGGGGGGGCUGGGCGCAGCCCGUCCGUGACCAUGGGCGACAAGAAGAGCCCGACCAGGCCGAAGAGGCAAGCCAAGCCCGCCGCGGACGAGGGCUUUUGGGAUUGCAGCGUGUGCACCUUCAGGAACAGCGCCGAAGCCUUCAAAUGCAGCAUCUGCGACGUGCGGAAAGGCACCUCCACCAGAAAACCCCGGAUCAAUUCUCAGCUGGUGGCACAGCAGGUGGCUCAGCAGUAUGCCACUCCACCACCCCCGAAAAAGGAGAAGAAGGAGAAGGUGGAAAAGCAAGACAAGGAGAAGCCCGAGAAGGAUAAGGAGAUCAGUCCUGGGGUCACCAAGAAGAACACCAACAAGAAAACCAAACCAAAGUCUGAUAUUCUGAAAGAUCCUCCUAGCGAAGCCAACAGUAUACAGUCUGCGAACGCCACGGCGAAGACCAGCGAAACGAAUCACACCUCAAGGCCCCGGCUGAAAAACGUGGACAGGAGCACCGCACAGCAGUUGGCAGUGACUGUGGGCAACGUCACCGUCAUUAUCACAGACUUUAAGGAAAAGACUCGCUCCUCCUCCACGUCAUCCUCCACGGUGACCUCCAGUGCAGGGUCCGAGCAGCAGAACCAGAGCAGCUCGGGCUCGGAGAGCACAGACAAGGGCUCCUCCCGCUCCUCCACGCCCAAGGGCGACAUGUCGGCCGCCAACGACGAGUCCUUCUGAAGUUGCACAUGGGCCGAGGACUGCGAGCCAGGGUGUGGAGUCCAGAGCCUGCUGCCCGCUGCCGGCGCCCGGAGCCUUCUGCGGACGGCCACCGCCUCCUGCCGCGCUGCAGGAUGCUUCCUGCUCGCCACGGGCAUCUGGCCACCCAGGAAUUUCGCACCCUGACGGUUACUCGUGACACUUUUAUGUAUUCCAUUGUUUUAUAUGAUUUUCCUAACAAUCAUUUAUAAUUGGAUGUGCUCCUGAAUCUACUUUUUAUAUAAAAAAAUCUGCUGUGCACAAUUUUCCAUGUACAUUACAACUGGUUUUUGUUUUUGUUUUGUUGAGGGGGCGUUGGGAGGGGGGAGGGAACUUUUAUUUAUUGUGUUCACAAACUCCAUCCUUCCAGCAUAUCCUUUUAAGUUUAGUUCUUUCUUCCAGUUAUACUAUGUACUAUCAGUUUUGAUAUGACUAUAUAUAUAUAAAUAUAAAAUUAUAUAUAAAGGGUUAUUUGAAACCAAUCCAUGGCAGCGCUGGUGCUUGAUACACUGUGAAGUGGAUACAACAUUGGACAGUUGCAGAUCUGGGACAGUCCCUUCCAUGAAAGUGCUGAGACUGAGUCAGAGUCGGUCUCAGGUGAAGUGCGUCCCACCCACGUGGGAACUUGACUCUCUCAUCUGUCUAACGAGUACUGGACGAUAUAAAAAUAUAUAUUUUUUAAACAAUGUGAUCUCAAAUUUAAAGACUGCUCCAGAUCGCCUGCAUUUGCUAUGGGGUAACUGACAAAUCACACGUGGGGUGUCGGGGAGGCCCUGGUCAUUCAGAAGUAACCGAGCUAGCUCCAGAAUGCCGAGUGUCCCUGCCGGCGGCGGCGACACGCUGCUGCUGCUCUUCUGCACACGCACCGCGGCGCCGCGGUGUUCUCUCCCUGGUUCCACCCGUCUUGCAGACCCCCUUGUGUCUGAGGCGUUGAGUCUGCGUCUUUGUCCACCGGGCCGCCGCCUCCACGGGGCCCUGCGGCGGCGGUUUCACAGUCGGACUUGGUCGCCUCACGUCCUGUGUCACUCAGACCCUCGCCCCGCCGCUGCAGACCAAGGCUCCUCUGUUGUUCUUAAACCCGACCGUGGUUCAUUCUCUUGGCAAAGGUUACAGCCGCAUGAGCGGCCCCCGGGGCUCUUGAGUGCUGGAGACCCGGCCGGUCUCCCGAGGGAAGGGGCCGGCCAGAGUGGCCUGGGCGCAGGGAAGGCCGGCUGCCUGCGAGGGCAGACGUGCCGCCUCGGCCUCCCUCACUUCCCUCGCCUCCCUCGGCAGAGACCACUUCCGGAGCUCGCCCUCAAGAGUCUCUCCUCGCUCUCUUGACCUUCUUGGGGGAUAAGAAGCCACUACCUGACCUAACCCGGCCCUGCCCUCCUCAGUCGGAGGCCUUUGCUUGCUGCGCCCUCUUUCGUUUGGGUUCGGGGUCUCUUCUCUCUGCCUUGCACAUUCACGUCGCGCAUUUCGAGCGUGGGAGCUUGAGGUCCACCUUCCUUGUUUGAUCUCCCUUUAAGGACCCAGGAGGGCAUUCGAUGUAGUGAAGCAUCACACCGUGGUGCUAGAACCUGGUUUCCCUGAUGAUAGAAGUGAUUUCUGUCUGGAGGCAACAAGUAAAAGAAAAAAAUUAACAGCUUGAAUUGAGUAGCCCGCGGGAAAGGUCCCUUUCACGUUUACAUUAAAACACGCUGUAGCCACCAUGCACCAUGAUUCGGACUUCGUCCUCCAAGGCCUAGAUCACAAAGCAGUGCACUCGUCGCUGUGGUCCUAAUCUCAGAUGCACGGACAAUGUUCCCCUUUUUAAAAUAACGCUUGUGUCUGGGAUGCAAGCUGUACUUAUCUUUUUAGAUACCUUUUUAAAGUAUUUAUCAAUGAACCAAAGGAGAUCAGGUGCUUUCUACAAGCAUCCGAAUAUAUAAUACAUAGUGAUUUGACUAUGAAUUUUAAAUCCACGUUUUAAUAUUAGUGGGAUAUUGCAAAGACAUUCCUUCUAAAAAGUUUUAAUAUUCCUUUUAUUACGGGUCUCAGGGAGGGUAAAUUAGUCAGCCAUAUUUAUUUUCCAGAGGUGUAAGGAAUUGCUAAGUUUUUUAAUUAACUUUUUAAAAAAAAAAUUAAAUGCCACCAAACUCGUGGGUUGCACUGCUUUUUGAACCAGUAAGUGUUGGCAUGCACUUUGUUCAGAAACACUGUGUGCUUUUUCAAAAUCAGUUUCAUGUAAAGUGAUCGGACCCCUAGAUUAGUGGAAAGCUGACGAACCAGCUACUCAGCGGCUGCUAAUUGCUUCAUGGCCAGUGUCUUGGUUUUUUGGUUUUGCCUCCGUGAUAAAUUGAAGAAGAGGAGAGGUGAAGGAAGGGGAGCUUGGCUUGAGGGUGAGUGGGCUGGCUCGCCGUCUGGCCAGAUGGACGGUGGGCGUUGUCCCAGCACCAGGUGUCCCGGGGCCAGCCGGUGGCUGCCGUAGCGCCUGGGGCGGCGAGGUGGCGGGCACCUGAGACCUGAGUUCCCCAGCUGGAUGGCAUCCCUCAGGCAUGUCCUCUGGAAGUGGAAUUCCUGCAGCUUCCUGCGCCUGUGGUCCGCCCUGGGGUUUGGCCACGCGUGAGAACACUAGUGUAGGUGACGAGGGUGUCCCUGGAAGGACCAGACGCUCGGCGUUCAGUGGCACAGAAAGCAGGUGAAGGCAGAAGGAGAAGCACAGUGUUGAGGCGAGUUUCCAUGCGCGGUAACACCACGCGCUCGCGUGUGACGGCUGACCCGCCCGUGCUGCUCGGGAAGCAAGCGCGGUUAAAACAGGUCAAGGCAUCUGACUCCACAGACGAUUCGAACCCAAACCUUUCAGUGUCAAUCGGGCUGUUUAAACACGUCGGCAGGAGCUUCUGUGAGUUUCCUUCCAUAAGAUGUUCCACCUGCCUUACCAAGACCAUUCUCAGUCUACUUUUUUAAGCUACCGUAUCUUAAAUUAUUGAAAAUUUAUUAAUUGCUGAAUAUAUAAUAACCUUUGCUUGUAUGUAACCGAAAAUGGUUUAAGAGCCAACAUUUAGAGUUUGACAAUGGAGCUGAACAGUUUUUAAUGCGCAAGCAGUUCUGUUCUUGUGUAUGACCUGUAACCUUAAUUUACUGUGUAAAGAUGGUUACAUUAUUUCCUUAGCUUUGUUUGUUGGAGACAAAUAGAGAAUGCUUGUUAAGUAUGUCAAAACAUAAUCUUACCUUGUGAAUUUUUGUUAAUGUAUUAUACGAGCUCUAUUUUCCAUUUGCCCAGAAAGACAGCUUGUAUAACGCUUUUGGGAGUUUCUGCUCUGUAAGGUCUCUAGAGCUGACGGUCUGUUAGGUUUGUUUUCUCUUCAUGCUAAAGUGUCAGUUGGUGGUUUUGUGAACUGGUCAGAAAUUCACAGGUCUUAAAUGUUUUGGGGAAAUUUAUAUUGGACACUGCUCUUUGUCUAGCAAAUAAAAGAUGUUAAUAUAUUCCUGUUACUGGCAUGUGCACGACUAUGUUAUUAGAAGCCACUUUAUCAUUUUCCUGCUUUAAAUAGAAAUGUCUAUUUAUGAAUUCUGCUUGUAGUUUUUUCACAAAUAAAAUAGUAAAAUCUACACUGGGAAUCUUUA